AUGGACGCAGGCAAUGAAGGGCAAACCGUUAAAAAGUACAACGCGGCGAAAAUCCAAUGGAAGCUCGUUGAGGAGCGAAAAAAGCAAUUUUUCGAUGGCGACACCGGCUUCGAUCUACCCGGCGACGACUACGACGACAAACCGUUUCGAUAUGUCACACUGCCGAAACUAUUCACGCGCGCCUCCAAUACAGAGCUAUUCAAUUGGAAAUGGAGCCCGUGCGGUCGAUAUGGUGCCGAUAUGCCGGGCGGUCGCGAUCAGGUGAAAAUCGACACCGUCGAUAAAAUCGCCGUGUUCGACAUUCAUAUGCUCUCAUGGAGCCUCUACGACGUCCGCAACUAUCAAUUCAGCAUACCGCGCGUCGCUUUCAUGUAUUGGAUUUCGAAGACGAUGCUGGUUUGCGUGUCGUUGGAGCUCACCGAGGAGAUUCGCGACGAUUCCGCCGACGUGCCGUUCGUCUUCCGACAAACGAUGUUCAGCGUUGAUCACGACAUGGAAGAGAUGAUACCACUGCAAUCCGUGUUUUACUUCACGGAUCGCUACAUCUCGAUUCCCACGUGGUAUCACAUAUUUCAUGAUCGCGUCGGGGAGCCUUUCAUCGAUCAUAAUCAAGACAAGUGGCUCGUCUUCUCGAACACUGUCGAUUCGUUGAUUUUGAUCCCAUACGUGCCUGGAAAUGACAUCAAAUACGUUUCAUUUGACAUGAACGAUAUUAUGAGUAGUAUUCUUGGCGAAAAUUGUGAAGUCGACUCAUUCCCAUCAUCCCAUUUUGUGCCAUACGUUCACGAUCAAUUUAUACAUUUUUUCAUUCGCAUCGAUAAAGAAACGUUCCGCAAGUUACAUAAUAAUGGGUAUCUGGCUAGACGAAGGCCCGAACUUGAUGGGAUCUACCAGAUUCAGGUGGAUCUGCGGCGAGUGCUCAACACUGAUGAUGUACACGAGUUUUUAAGAACUAACAAUCGUAUUAAUAAAGAGGACGUGAUUUUCCAUCGAAAAGUGAUCGACGAGAUCGAGGAUCAUCGCGUCGUUUACACGCAAAACGGCCGACGCUUGAUUCUCGCCAACAUUGUGCCGAAUCUGACGAUGACCGCUUCGCAGAAGCGAAUGAAGGCCUCUGAUUGGGUCUUUUUGAAAGAGUUCAUCUCGUGGAAAUAUCGCGAAUCGGUCGAAAACGUCUAUUUUAUAAGCAUUGAUUUGCACACCGGAGAGCUUCGACGAUUUUAUUGCCUGCUGCUCGAAUCUGACGUGAUUUCGCCGCAUCCGUCAGGCGCUGUGUUGAUGUUCAGAUAUCGAGAAGACUAUUCGAUGCGAAUCGGCGAGAUGCCGUGCUUUUCGCCACUACCACUAACAAUUCUGUGCCGGCACGUGCUGAAUGACGUCAUCGACAUAGAUCCGAAAUUCAUUCAGGACAAAUUGGCCGAGAAAGAGUUGAGUUUGAAUUUUUUUGCGCCGCUACUUACAGUAUUCUCGAUUACAGUAUUCACCUGA